UUGGUUGGAAUGUCCGAAGCAACUAUAGUUGAUUACAUGAUCGCUGAAGCACAAUAUGCUAAAAGUAGAGAGUCCUUACGUGAAACGUUGAGUGAGUUACCACAAACUGCAGAAGCUCAGCGAUUCAUUAAUGAACUUUUUGAUAGAGUUCCUCGAAAGAGUUCAUCAAAUACUUUAAAUGGUUGGGAAAGUGAUCAAGAAGAUAAAUCUAUUAAAAAUACGGAAAUUAAAGAUGAAUCAGAAGAUGAGUACAUAAAAGAAGAAAAUGAAAAAAUUCAAGAUAUAAAAGAAAGAGAUGAAUACGCUAAACGUUUAAGAGAAAAAGAUAAGGAAAGAACGAAAAAGCUUGUAGAAGAUCGAUCAUCAAAAGCAGAUAGUGAAACUGCUAAACGGAGAAAUCUUGCUGAUGAUUCUGAAGCACGUAAACAACUUCUUCCAGAAAUUCGUGAAAGAUCACGACAAACUUACCUAAAAGAUCGAACAGAUAAACAAUUACAAAUGUUAGAAUUAAGUGUUCUUGAUGAGGAUAUGUUGUUUAAAGAUGAAAAACUUUCUAAAAGGGAAAGAAGGGAGCUUGAAACAAAAAAAGAAACUUUAAGAUUAACGAAAGAGAGACUUAGCCUUUCUGGAAAGACUGAUGAAUACUCAAUGCCAGAAGAUCGUGACCCAAGUAAAUUUGUCACCGAUCAAGAUCAAUGGGAACAAACUCAAAUAGUAAAAUCUCAAUUAAAAGUUGGUGCUCAAGAUAGAAUAAAAGAAGAGGAGGAUUAUAGUUAUGUUUUUGAUGAUCAAGCCAUUGAUUUUCUUGAUUGGGAUUGGAAAUCGAAUGAUAAAGAAGAUGAAACGAUGGCUAAAAUUGAUGAAGCUGAACGAAAGGCAAAAACGAUCGAGGAAACGCGCAAGUCUUUGCCCAUAUUUUCUUUUAGAGAAGACUUACUUAAUGCUAUAAAGGAAUACCAAACUUUGGUGAUUGUUGGUGAAACGGGGUCAGGAAAGACUACACAAUUGCCUCAAUAUCUAUAUGAAGCAGGCUAUACAAAAGGAGGGAAAAAAGUUUGUUGUACACAACCAAGGAGAGUUGCUGCAAUGAGUGUUGCCGCUCGUGUAGCUGAAGAAAUGGGUGUAAAACUUGGAUAUGAGGUUGGAUACGCGAUUAGGUUCGAGGAUUGUACUUCAGACAAAACUAUAAUUAAAUAUAUGACCGACGGUACUCUUCUCCGUGAAUUUUUAUCCACACCUUUAUUAGAUGAUUAUAAUUGUUUAAUAAUCGAUGAGGCACACGAAAGAACUUUACAUACUGACAUCCUAUUCGGAUUAGUAAAGGAUAUUGCCCGUGUAAGGCCUGAUCUCAAACUUAUAAUAUCAAGUGCUACUUUAGAUGCUCAAAAGUUUGCAGAAUACUUUGAUGCUCCAAUUUUCAAUACACCUGAAGCAAAUUAUGUAUCCGCUGCCAUUACUACGGUAAUGCAAUUGCACAUUUCACAAAAGAAUGGUGACAUAUUGGUUUUCCUUACGGGACAAGAUGAAAUUGAAGCUGUGCAAGAAAGUUUACAACAUACCUGUAGGGUUCUUGGAAGCAAAAUACGUGAACUUAUAAUAUGUCCUAUAUAUGCGAACCUUCCUCCUGAUAUGCAAAAUAAAAUUUUCGAACCAACACCUCCUGGAGCUCGAAAGGUAUUUUAUAUAUAUGUUAAGAAAUAUGCUACCAAUAUAGCCGAAACUUCAAUUACUAUUGAUGGUGUUACAUUUGUUAUUGAUCCAGGUUUUGUUAAACAAAAUGUAUACAGUCCAAAAACAAGAAUGGAAUCAUUGUUAGUUGUUCCAUGUUCAAGAGCUUCAGCAGUUCAGAGAUCUGGAAGAGCUGGACGUGUUGGACCAGGUCAUUGUUUUAGAUUAUAUACUCAACAUGCGUUUCACAACGAGUUGGAAGAAAACACUGUUCCUGAAAUUCAAAGAACUAAUUUAGCUAAUGUGGUUUUGACAUUAAAGAGUAUAGGAAUUCAUGAUGUGAUGAGGUUCGAGUUUAUGGAUCCUCCUCAUGAACAAGCGUUAAUAGCUGCGCUUAACGAUUUAUACGCUCUUGGAGCUCUAAAUAAUAAUGGAGAAUUGACUAAAUUAGGAAGACGCAUGGCUGAAUUUCCUUUGGAUCCAUUUUUAUCCAAGUCGAUAAUAUGGUCGGAAAGAUAUAAUUGUACAGAAGAGGUGAUAUCUAUUAUUAGCAUGCUUACUGUUCAAAGUUCCGUUUUUUAUCGACCAAAAGACAAAAAAUUUCAUGCAGAUAAAGCUCGCCAGAAUUUUAUUCGUCCUGGUGGUGAUCAUUUCACGUUAUUAAAUGUUUGGGAACAAUGGGUAGAUACAAACUAUUCAAUGAAUUGGUGUUAUGAAAAUUUUGUAGUUUAUCGUUCAAUGUCUAGAGCGAGAGAUGUUCGUGAUCAACUUGUUGGUCUUUGUGAACGUGCUGAAGUAGAUUUGAAGUCUAACCCAAAUCCUGGUGACAUAGUACCAAUUCAAAAAUCAAUUGUAUCAGGAUUCUUUAUGAAUGCUGCAAGGCUUUCACGUUUUGGUGAAUCAUACCAAAAAGCAAAGUAUGGUGAACCAGGUCGAACAAUACAUGUUCAUCCCAGUAGUUCAUUAUUCCAAGUAAAUCCAAAAUGGAUUAUAUUUUAUGAAUUAGUACUUACGAGUAAGGAGUAUAUGCGUCAAGUAAUGGAAAUUAAACCUGAAUGGUUAAUAGAAGCCGCUCCAUAUUAUUAUUCAAAGUCAGAAUUGGAUAAUUUAGAUGGUAAAAAGAAAAUGCCAAAAAAUAAUAAUGGCGAAAAAAAAAAUAAUGAUGCCGCAUAA